AUGGAUACUCCAACGAAUCGACUGAACUUAAAUCAACUUGAGAUCGCUAUUCGCCUGAACCGAGCCGAUAUUGCGAGGGACAAAAUCUUCUUGGAGGGCCGGAGGUGGAAGAAAAAUGAACUGGAUGAAUUCCUGCACACCAUGAUUUUGAACGACCAGAAUGAAUUCGUCCAGCUGAUGAUAGAUCAGGGCUUCAACUUUGAAGAAUUCCUCAGUGUUCAUCGCUUGGAGAAGCUAUAUACUGAUUGCCUUCACAAUGGAGGUUCAAAGACUGAGCUUUUUCAGCAGAUGUGGGAGCGGCGUCGGAUUUACAAAAUGGACUGGGUGAUGCUGCGUGAUAUCGGAAAGAUCUUAAAAGAUUUAAUCGGCGACUUUUAUGAACCUCUUUAUCUGUCAAGCUUUUUCCAGAAGCAGGUUGUGGAAGUGGACAAGGAGGAGCUUUCGGAAGGAGAAAGCAGGAGUGAACUUCUCUCUUCAGCAUCCAGUGAGUCAUAA